AUGGCUACUAUAGCCCUCGAAGUAUUUGGUCUCCUUGUUGGCGGAGUCCUCGGCAUCGUCGAUCUGUUUUUACCGGCAGCAAGUCCUCUCCACCUCAGCGCGCUAGAAGAGGGCCAUUCUCUCCUUCGAAUCGGCAUAGGACUUAACGCCAGCAGUGGAGAAAGCCUAGGCGGUACCAUCCCCUCGAUAAACGUGUUCAACGAGGAGAAAAGUCACAUUGGCUAUGCAGGGGGCUCGCCAUACACCCAUGUAGAGAACGGGACCUUUAUAACCGUAACCGUACUCCAUGAUUCUGGGCACACUUUCCAACAACCAACCUACGUGGAAGUUGCCGGGGGCCCAGACGCGGUGUGUAUUGCGUAUAUUGCACAGACUUGGGCAGACGGGACGCAACUCGGAUGGCUGGGCGACGUUGGAAAGUUCUGUGGUGCCAAGUGGUAUUACUCCAACACAUAUAUCAGCACUAAGAAUGGCUCCAUGCACAAGCCGUACUGCACCUGGAUAGGUGGCCAGCGACCUCGUUCCUGCUCCGAUACCCGCAAACGCCAGGAUGAUAGCCCAACCUACCCACAAAAUUGCACCAGCGACGCACAAGACUCCAUGUACACGUAUUCCGGCUUCAAGGUUCAUACACCUGAUUUUGGCCCCGUAGGCUCACGCAACGACUUCACGGUCCCGGAGAAUCCAAAGGAGCUGUGCAACUUCCCGAAGCUCGAGUGGUAUAAAACCCAACGGUUCCAAACAUCUCCAGCUUCGAACUUGCGGCCCUUGCCAAUGAAAUCUCUUCUAUUCACAGCGCUUAGUAUACUGAGCAGUACCGUCACUCAUGUCGCCGCAGCCACGAUGAAAGAGCGCUCCACUUGGCCUGGACGUGAUAAUGACGAAGGAGAGCAUGUGUCUGUUAGAGAAAGUAUAGUAGGCAGCCACGAUCGCCAGCAUAGCAGCAAAGCGCUUUGUGCUAGCCCGAAUUCUUGGGGCCCGGACUUUGUUUCCUUUGGGGAGGGGCUGUUCUGUGACAUGACGUUGAAAAGGACAUGGCCGUUGUGUAACGGCAAUGCUGGACUUUUUCAAGAUUGCUACAAUUGGAGCAGCCAUACUAUUGUGGGAGGUAAGUGGAAGAAGAAGAGGGCGAUUAGGUAUAGUCGAGUUCUAGAGUGGAGAUGA